CGUCGUUCAGUCGAUCACAUUGCGAUUUCAGUUGAGAAACUGCGAGUGAUUGAUCAAUUUAAAAUCCAAAUAGAUUUAAUUAUAUUUUAAAAAAUGAUGAUUUCGAUCUUAUUUUUUGCCUCCUGUUUAGUUUUUUUACAAGGAUUCAAUUGCCAACGAGAAACCAUUCAACCUCAUUUACGUGUGGCAUCUUUCAACGUCCAGAAUUUCGGUUACAAGAAAUACAACAAAAAAGAUGCAGCAGACAUUAUUAAAAAGAUAAUCACACGUUACGAUUUCAUUUGUUUGCAAGAAAUCGUCGUGCAGAAAAAAAAGUUCCUGAACAGUUUAUUAAAGGACAUUAACUACGUUUAUUCGCCAAAGAAACCUUACGUCAUGAAUGCCAGUCCUCCCGUAGGUACCAACUCAAUUACAAAAGAACAAUAUCUCUACCUUUACAGGUGNUUCUUUUCUGUAGCAACGCUUCGGGAGAUUACAUCAUGA